GAGAGAAGUUGGCAGGGAGGGGUGCGGGCUGCGGAGGAACUGAAAGCGCCUGGGGAUCCUGGGCCCCUCGUCCCGCUGCCCUGAGGCCCACCAGAGCCCGGAUCCCCCUUCCCCUGCCGGGAUGCUGCUCCCUCUGCUGCUCCUCCCCUGGGCAUGGGGGGCCCUGGCCGCCUCCCCUCCUGUCCCCCCAGCGUCUGUCACCCUCCGGCUGCUCCAAAUCAACGUCUUCUACAACGCCAGCUCCACAGACAUGCAGGGGAUGGCCCUGCUGGGCGACCUGGAGACCCACUCCCUGGACUGCAGCACCUGCGAGCUCCGCUUCCUGCAGCCCUGGGCCCAGCAGGGCCUGACCCCGAAGCAGUGGCAGGACCUGGAGCUGGUGAUCCAUCGCUCCCUGUUCAGCUUCAGCCGGACUGUGAACACAAUAGCCCAGCAGCAGGGAAUGAGCUACCCCUUUUUUACCCAGGGCUCCCUUGGCUGCGAGCUGCACCCCAACGGCACCUCGAGGGGAUUCUAUGACUCCGGAUUGAACAGCGAGGACUUCAUCAGCUUUGACCCGGAUGCAGGGAAAUGGGUUGCUCGGCGGGGGGAUAAGCUGGCGCUCUACGCCCGGGACCUUCUCAACCGGGAUAAGGGCACAGCCAUCAACAUUCAGUUUUUCCUGAGAACGUGUGUCAGUCAGCUCGAGAGCUUUGUCCAGUACGGGAACGAGUCUCUGGAGAGACAAGCACAGUAG